AUGCGUAAGUGCACAAGAUUGUCUUUUAAUGAAAAACGUCGCAUUAUUGCGUACAUGGAGGAGAACAAAAGUCUCACGAUGGACCGUAUAGCUUACAUUUUUUCUUCUGUUUUGAAGAAAAAAAUAUCUCGAAGGGCUGUGAACGAUUUAAGACUUGGAAAAGAGAAAAUAAUGUCCACUGAUCCUAUUUUCUCCAAUAAGAAGAGAUUAUCUAACUUAACUUAUUCUGUUAUUGACACCGAACUAUUAACUUGGAUGGAAUACAUUGAGCUUAGAGGGGGGUUUCUGGACGAUAAUUCAAUUUUGUUGAAAGCAAAGAACAUUGCUAAUAUUUAUGGAAUUAAAGAGUUUAAAGCCAGCAAUGGAUGGCUAAGCAAGUUCAAGAUACGGAACAACUUAAAAUUGAGGACUUUACAUGGAGAAUCAGGAUCUAUUGCAGUUGAUCAGAAACAAGAAAUUGAUGCAUUUACUUCUUUGAUCUCUGCAAAGAUUCAACAAUAUAAUGCUGAAAACAUUUAUAACGCUGAUGAAACUGGGAUUUUUUACAAAUCUAUCCCUUCAAAAAGUGUUUCUGUAAUCGCACUUUUGGUUCACCAUAACGCAUUCAGACCACAAAUGAACGACAUUAAGCCUAUUGAACAGCUUUGUGAAAAAAUGUCUCUACAUAUAUUGAUCACAAAUAACCAAGUGAAUGUCACAUAUAUGAAGGCUCUGAAUGCUGGAUAA